AUGAACCAACAAAACGACACGGAAGAUGUAUGGAACGAAGAAGAAGUCAACAGUAAAUUUGAAGUAUUCACAUCUCAUAUCAACACUAUUCAACACAUAGCUCGUGAAAAUAUUCGCAAAGCUCAAGAAUCACAACUAAAGAUGGUUAAUAAACGAAUCCUAUCACGAAACAAAUCCGACAAACCCGAUUACUGUGUAGGAGAUCUUGUUUCAAAGUACAAAGACAUUAUUGCCAAUAUUCUAUCAGCCAAAUUAGACGAUCGAUUCGAGAGACCUUUUAUUAUCCAAGAAUGUCACAGAAAUUCAACCUAUAUCCUAAAAUCGUUAGAUAGAGAUAUUGCACAGAGACAUAUCCAUGGCAACAGACUAAAAAUAUAUAAGCACCAAAAGUAUCCUUCAAUCCCAAUUAUUUCAAUCCAAUUGACAAUCCCGAUGGACUUAUUAACAACGACAACAAUCAAUCCUGUCGUAUUUGGGUACGAUCCACUUAAAGAAUAA